AUCAGUGGGAGGAGCUUAGUGUUCAAGUCAGAGAAGAUAUUAGCGUGAAUCCUGUCAACAAACUCACUUAGAGUGGGAUUCUUUACGUCUAUUAAAUUGACAUUUCUUGACAGGGGCGGUUCUAGUUCAAUGCAAGCGGUGAGAUUCAUUUUGCAGUCUGAAAUCGCAAUUUAAGCGUUUCAAAUGUUAACGAUACAGGGACUGGACGUUUUGUUUAGCUAACAAGGUAACGCAAAUACGCUAACACCAGCUACUUGGUGAACUGGUCUUUUAAAGGCCUGGUGCAUGAGUAUCCUGCGAUGCUUACAGCCUAACAGUUAUUUUACGUAUGAAUAGUUGUCAUUGUUUGAGAAACAGUCAGACGGUUAUAAUACUGACAGAGCUGCAAAGCUAAAAUUAGCUUGUAAGCUAAUCAGCUCGGCUUGUUUAUGUUUUUUUUUCUACCGGAGCUGAGGGACUGUCUUUGUAGUAGAAACGUGUGUAGAUCAGAAAACGCUUUUGAGAAAUACAGGGUAAAUGUCAUCUGUGCUCUGACCACUGGAACCUCCAGCCCAGACCCUAUUUUUUUAUGUUUAGUGGUGAGGCGAUGACUACUGUCAACAUCACCAGAGACAUCCUGCACAGGCAGAUCAGAGACAAAAGAGCACCAGGCUUUCAAAGGUCCUAUCAUGUGACAGACCCUUUCAUCAAAAGACUUGGACUCGAGGCUGAGCUUCAGGGUCAUACCGGAUGUGUGAACUGUUUGGAGUGGAAUGAGCGAGGAGAUUUACUGGCUUCCGGGUCAGAUGAUCAGCAUGCUGUCAUCUGGGAUCCAUUCAAACACAAGAAGCUUACAACUAUGCACACAGGUCAUGCAGCAAAUAUAUUUUCAGUAAAGUUCCUCCCUCACUCCGGAGACAGAAUCUUGAUAACAGGUGCGGCCGACACAAAAGUCCAUGUGCAUGACUUGACGGUGAAGGAAACCAUCCAUAUCUUCAGCGAUCAUACCAACAGAGUCAAACGCAUCGCCACAGCGCCCAUGUGGCCAAACACCUUCUGGAGCGCUGCUGAGGAUGGCAUCAUUAGACAGUAUGACCUGAGGGAGAGCAGUAAACGCUCUGAGGUGCUGAUUGACCUGACAGAGUUCUGUGGUCAGCUGGUCGAGGCCAAGUGUCUAGCUGUCAACCCGAGGGACAACAACUACCUGGCUGUGGGUGCCAAUGGGCCUUUUGUCCGCCUUUACGACAUCAGAAUGAUUAACAACUACAGGAAAUCUAUGAGUCAGAGCACAUCAGCAUCGGUGCACACAUUCUGUGAGAGGCAGAAGCCCAUCCCAGACGGUGCUGGGCAGUAUUAUGUUGCAGGGCACCUGCCAGUGAAACUCCCAGACUACAAUAACCGCCUGAGAGUGCUGGUGGCCACCUAUGUCACCUUCAGUCCAGAUGGCACCGAGCUUCUGGUUAACAUGGGUGGGGAACAGGUGUAUCUGUUUGAUUUGACAUUCAAACAGAAGCCGUACACCUUUUUGCUUCCAAAAAAGUGCCAAUCAUCGACAGGGGAUCUACAGAAUGGAAAAACAACCAAUGGCGUCUCCAAUGGAAUCCACCUACCAACCAGCCAUAUUCGAUUUGCUGAAAGCAAGAUGCACUCUAGUUCUACCGAUCUCCCUGCUAGCUUGGAGAAAAUAAAACAACAGGCUAAUGAUGCAUUCGCACGGCAGCAGUGGACACAGGCCAUCCAGCUGUACAGUUUAGGUAUUCACCACACCAGCUGCAACGCCAUGCUGUAUGGGAACAGGGCUGCAGCCUACAUGAAACGCAAGUGGGACGGAGAUCAUUACGAUGCCCUCAGGGACUGUCUGAAGGCUCUGACUCUAAACCCUGCUCACCUGAAGGCUCAUUUCAGACUUGCACGUUGUCUCUUUGAGCUGAAGUAUGUGGCUGAAGCUCUGGAGUGUCUGGAUGAUUUCAAGGGAAAGUUUCCUGAGCAGGCGCACAGCAGUGCCUGCGAUUCUUUAGACAAAGACAUCAAAGCUGCUCUCUUCACCAAGACAGAAACAGGAGACGAUAAGAAGGCAAACAGCUCCAUUAGGUUCCACUCAUUCAGUCGGAAGGAGUCCGUCCCUGAAGAUGAGCUGGUGUUGAGAGAACGCAGCUUUGACUACAAGCACAGAUACUGUGGUCACUGCAACACCACCACCGACAUCAAAGAGGCAAACUUCUUUGGAAGUAAAGGCCAGUACAUCGUCAGCGGUUCAGAUGAUGGCUCCUUUUUUAUCUGGGAAAAGGAGACAACUAAUCUUGUGAGAAUCCUGCAGGGGGAUGAGUCCAUAGUCAACUGCCUGCAGCCCCACCCCAGCUACUGCUUCCUGGCUACUAGUGGUAUUGACCCUGUUGUGCGGUUAUGGAACCCUAGACCUGAGACUGAGUGUGACAAUGUCCGUGUGGUGGAGGACAUGGAGGGCGCGGCUCAGGCGAACCAGCGGCGUAUGAAUGCUGACCCACUGGAGGUAAUGCUGCUCAACAUGGGCUAUCGCAUCACGGGCCUGCGUGGCGUUGGUCCAGAAGGGUCCGAUGAUGAAGACAGCUCAGAGGGACAAGUGCAGUGUCGGCCAAGCUAAACAGAAGUGUCAGCCAUUCAAUUGAAUGGAUGUAGGAAGCAAGAAGCGCUCGCCCUGCCCAGCUCUCGUUUGAAUCUUAAUCCCCACCCCUUACAGUCUGACAGAAACAUUGAGUGAAUGUCAUGUCACAUAUCUGCACUAUGCAUCACCCUCCCCUGUCCAAAGAGAGGACUGGCGGAGAUCACUUUUGGGGAGAGGAAUUCAUGGAGGAUGGAGAGUACAUGCAUUACACCCCUUCAUUGCACCAACAACACCUCUGCCUCUCCCUCCACGCCCCACAGUGGCAGGGGCACACCUUGAGGAGAGCACCUUCCACGUCACUCCCCCGUUUCUCACAAAGAAGGAGGAGUUCAGCACUUAUCCCUCCUCAGGUUUAUGUUGGAGAGAAACACAAUACGUAGAAGAAGAAGCUGGAGGUUGAGCGACCUAUUCUCAGGUCAGGGUGGCCACACAGCAGUUGAGUCCUCCGUGGAGGAUCAGAUCACAGACCAGAAGAGAGUGCUUUGUUGCAUCUCCUGUCUGCUAAAGCUGGAGCUCAGAGGUUUAGUGCCUGCUCAUGCAGAAAAGCUGCACGCCCAAGGUAUCCAUUCUGAGUUAAACUCAUAUUUUAAGUUGGAGUUUUGGUCACAGGACGCCUAAAAUGAAUUGUCCACAUUUUGAAAGUUGCAAGUGUUGCUACAAUGAAAUAUAUUUGUAAGCUUUGUUUGGUUUAUAACUGUCAGAAAAAAAAAGUGUUUUCUUCUGCCAAAGGUUGUAAUCUGUCAUUUAAAUGGCCAAGGCUUAAAAAUGGUCUUCUUUGUUUCAUUGAAACAUGAUUUUGGCAUACAGUGCUCUUUUUAGUUAAGAGGUUUUACUACAAAAGAUUUUUGACAAGGUCAAGUAUCAAUAAAAAAAUAUUUGUUUAAAAAAAAAGCGUUCUAAAAUGUUUUUGAUUUAAAUCAAAUCAGUGUUGUUGGUCCUCUGGCAUGAAUUGUCAAUGGGAAAGUUCUAUUUUGGGUAUAAAUGGGGCGCAGAUGCUAAUUUGUGGUUUGUUGCAACUAUGUUUCUGUUGGCAAUAGACAGGAACCCUAUUGUUCCUGCGUACAGCCUGCGAGAGUUUAGCACUAGUCCUACUACCAUCAGGGGUCCAGUCCUGCUUGCUUGGGGCUUAUCUGAACAUAGUAGUGUGCAAAAAAGGACACAGAGCCAUCCUAACUGUUGUUCAGUGAACAGCAGAUUUCUCCCAAAAAGGGUUAAAUGUCAGGAAUGAGUCCUUAAAAUGUAACACUAGGCCUCCAUGUGUUUGACUUUUUUCAUUAAUUUGGGAUUAUCUGUUUUUAUUUGAGAAUUCCUGCAAAAUCCUUUGUUAAGCACAAGGUGAAGAAUAAAAUUAACAAACACCUUG